AUGGGACAGGGUGAUCACCAAGAGGAGGAUGGCUCUGUUACAACUAAAACCCUAGACGACGCCGACGGAAGAAAGGCAACAUUAAUUCGGUCUCCCGAUGCUCCAAACGGUGGAUACCGCCAUGACAGCCCACGAAGCCUCCUCUUCGUCCUCCUCCAAGUCCAAACUCUGGAACUACGACGUAUUCUUGAGCUUCAGGGUGAAGACACGCGCUAUGGCUUCACGGGCCACCUCCAUGCGGCAUUAAAAGACAGAGGGUACCAGGUCUUUAUUGAUGAGGACGAUCUACCAGGAGGGGAAGUAAUAAAAGAUAAACUGUUUCGUGCAAUCGAAGAGUCGAGGAUCUCUGCCAUUAUCUUCUCAAGGAGAUAUGCGGAUUCGAGUUGGUAUCUUGACGAGCUGGUGAAGAUCAUGGAGUGCAGAGUCGAACUGGGGCGACAUGUUUUACCAAUAUUCUAUCACGUUGAUCCUUCGCAUGUCAGGAAGCAGGACGGAGAUUUAGCCGAAGCAUUUCAGAAGCACGAAAAUGACAUCCGUGAAGAAAAAGAUGACAAUAAACGUGAAGCUAAACAAGAAAGGCUAAAGCUGUGGAGAGAGGCUCUCACAAAAGCUGCAAAUUUGUCUGGCCACCAUCUUCAAAUCGCUAACAAUGGGGGCGAAGCAGAGUUCAUUAAAAAAAUUAUUGACGAGAAAAUUUGGGAAUGGCUCACCAGCACUUACGAAUUACAUGUGACCAAGCACAUAGUUGGAAUCAAUUCACGUGUUCAAGAUAUUAUCAGUUAUCUUUCAAGUGGUGGAUCAAAUGAAGUUCUCAUGGUUGGAAUUUGGGGGAUGGGUGGAUUGGGUAAAACAACAGCUGCCAAAGCCAUUUAUAACCAAAUUCAUCAUAAGUUUGAAUUCAAAAGUUUCCUUGCCGACGUUCGCGAUGCUACAAGUAUACAUGAUCUGGUUGAUUUGCAAAAAAAACUUAUUUCUGACAUCUUGAAACAGACUCAAGAAAUAAGUUGUGUUGACCAUGGUAUCGGUCUGAUAAAACAACAAUUUGGACAUAGAAAGAUACUUGUCAUCGUGGACAACAUAGAUAAAGAGGAACAACUGGAGGAUGCAAUAGUUGGAGGUUAUGAUUGGUUUGGUCCUGGAAGUAGAAUUGUUAUAACGACACGAGAUGAACAUCUACUACAAAAUGUGAACAAAAAAUUUCAGGCCAAGGAAAUGAAUGAAGAAGAAGCUCUUGAGCUAUUUAGUUGGCAUGCCUUUAAAAAUAGUUGUCCUGAUCAAACAUAUCUUGAAGUUUCAAUAAAGGUUGUUUCUUACUGUGGAGGUUUACCACUAGACAAGGACUAUGUUGCAAAAAUGUUAGAUCGAUGCGGAUUUUUUGGAAUAGUAGGAAUCAAUGUCCUUCAUGAACGAUGCCUUGUAACUAUUGAGGAGAAUAAGUGGAAUACGGGGACUAUGCAGAAUGAGUUGAAUGUGCAUGAUUUGCUUCGAGAAAUGGCCAAAGUAAUCAUUUCUGAAAAAUCUCUUGGUCACCCUGGAAAAUGGAGUAGGUUGUGGAACAGUCAAGAGGCCGCCGAAGUCUUGAGAAAUAAAUCUGGAACUGAAGAAGUUGAAGGACUUGCUCUAUAUUUGCCUUAUGUUUGGAACCUGCCUAGUUUCAAUACAGAAGCAUUUGCCAAUAUGAAGAAACUGAUUCCUUCAUCUCAAAGAUGUUCAGCUCAAUGGAGAAUACAAACAUCUUCCCAAAGAGUUAAUAUGUUGCUAAAGAGGUUGAAAAUCCUGAAUCUCAAUCAUUCCGUAUCUCUAAUUAAAUCACCGGACUUUUCACAAGUCCCAGAUCUUGAAGAGUUGAUACUGGAAGGUUGUUGGAGUUUGUCCGAGAUUCACCUCUCCAUUGGUCAACUUCAAAAACUUUCUUUGGUGAACCUUAUAAAUUGCAGAAUGCUUAGAUCUCUUCCAAGGGAUUUCUAUAAGUUGAAAUCUGUUGAGACUCUUCUUCUUUCUGGAUGUUAUAAAUUAAGAGAAGUGCAUGAGGAUUUAGGGGAGAUGAUAUCAUUAAGAAUACUUGAAGCAGACUAUAUACAGCCAUACCAUCUUCCACAGGUAGAUUGA